GGUCACCAAUCUCUGCUAGAAUUGGAGUCCAAUGUUUGGAGAAAGCAAGUCAUCAAGUGACCCCUGGACAAAAAAACCUAGAAGAAGGUGGAGGUGAUUGAGAGAUCUGUAUCAAGUCUCAGAGAUGGACUACCAGCUGAACAGACCGGAUCAGUGUGAGUUUGAGGAAGUGGCCGUUUACUUCUCCGAGGAGGAGUGGGACUAUUUAAAUUAUGAAGAGAAGGAGCUUUACCGGGAUGUGAUGAUGGAGAAUUACCAGACCCUCAGCUCUCUGGGAAGGAUUCACAUGACGCCUUUGAUUAUAUCAGCGAUUGAGCGAGGGGAAGAGCCGUAUGUCAGGAGCCACCUGCAGGAUAGUCUUUUGAAUACUGGCCCAGGUGAUUCCGUCAGCAGAAGUUAUCUUGAAGGACUUGACAAGAACAAAAGUGCACUAAGAAGUACUCUAAAGAAAUCUUUUAAUAAAAAGACCAGGGAAUUUAAUUUUCAAAAAUCAAAGAAUCGCCCAGAAAUGUGUACGUCUACAAAUGAGUUGGUAAACAGAAACCAAAAACAUUUCCCAUGUUCUGAAUGGUGGAAAUGUUUUGGCUGUUCAGAAUUUGUCAACCUCCCAAAUCAAACAGGAGAAAAACCUUUCUCAUGUUUUCCAUGUAACUCAUCUCUUGCAAAAUCAAGAACUCACACAGGAGAGAAAACAUUCUCAUGUACUGAAUGUGGGAAAUGUUAUAGUCGAAACUCGAGUCUUGCUGUACAUCAAAGAACUCACUCAGGAGAGAGACCAUUCUUAUGUUCUAUGUGUGAGAAAUGUUUUGUCAGUAAAUCAAGUCUUGUGAAUCAUCAGAGAACUCACACAGGAGAAAAACCUUUCUCAUGUUCUGAAUGUGGGAAAUGCUUUAGCCGACGCUCAAACCUUGUAAUGCAUAAGAGAACUCACACAGGAGAGAAAUCGUUUGUAUGUUCUGAAUGUGGGAAAAGGUUUAGCAUUCACUCACUUCUUGUUAGACAUCAGAGAACUCACACAGGGGAAAAACCGUUUCCAUGCUCUGAAUGUGGGAAAUGUUCUUUCAGUAAAGCAGAGCUUGUGAAACAUCAGCGAAUUCACACAGGGGAAAAACCUUUUUCAUGUUCUGAAUGUGGGAAAUGUUUUGUCAGUAAAUCAGAUCUUGUGAAUCAUCAGAGAACUCACACAGGUGAAAAACCUUUCUCAUGUUCUGAAUGUGGGAGAUGUUUUAGCCUGCACUCGCAUCUUCUUGACCAUAAGCGAACUCACACAGGAGAGAGACCUUUCUCAUGUUUAGAAUGUGGGAAAUGUUUUAGCCGGUAUUCAGUUCUUAUGACGCAUCAGAAAACUCAUACAGGAGAAAAACCGUUCUCUUGUUCUGAAUGUGGGAAAUGUUUUAGUCGGCAUUCGGUUCUUGUGACACAUCUGAGAACUCAUACAGGAGAAAAACCUUUCUCAUGUUCUGAAUGUGGAAAAUAUUUUAGCCAGCAUGCACAUCUUGUGAGCCAUCAGAGAACUCACACAAAAGAGAAACUUUGUGAUGUUCUGAAUAUGGGAAAUGGUAUAGUCCAUUCUAAGGUUUAUGAGGCAUCAAUGGAUUGACAUGAGAACAUCUGUGUUGUGAAUGUGAGACCUAUUAAAACUGUAAGUCAAAUCUUAUUCACUACCCAUCAUCUCACACUAUAGCAAAGCCUCUAUCAUGUUGAAACUACGUAAUAACCAAUUUUUAAGCAGGUGCCACUUAUUUACGAUUAAGAGUAUAUUCAUAAUUGAUUCUUAUUCUGUACGGUAUAUCAAUUGUAAAUGUCAUCUUUGUUUUUAUAUGCUGGCUUAAAAU